AACAAUUCGACGCGUUUUUAUUAGCAAAGAAAGUGAAGCGUCUUGACGAAUAAUUUACGAAAUUGAAAUGGAUUACCUCAUUUCGUAAUCUCCUUUUUAUGUGUUCAAAUUAUGUUUAGUUGUACUCAUGCACAAUGAAAUUACCACCGAAUACUCUCAAAAUAACUGUGAUAUUGACGAUACUGCAUUUAAACUGUUGCAUUGGAAACAAAGCUCAAAGAUCUGUGCCGGAUUUUGGCCAGGGAGUACCACGACUUCCGGUUGCAAAUGAUGAUGAUGUGCCCGAUAUUGAACCGAUUUACGGCAGCCGAAACUAUAGAAUAAAUGGCAAAAAGGGUAAGGACGACAAACCGUGGUUUGACGGAAGAGACAUACGACAUAUUCACUGUGUGCGACCGGGACGAUGCGAGAAACUGAAGAAUGCCACUUGUUUCGGAUCGAAAUUGCCGUAUCAAUAUACCAGUUUGGAUUUGACAGACUCGUUGAACCAGGAUGAGAGUCGAGAACGUUUGUACAAUUACGAGGCGCUACGAAAUAUUCCGAAAUGUUGGGCGGUCAUUCAACCCUUUCUCUGUGCAGUCUAUGUGCCGAAAUGCGAGACAAUAGGAAAUCGAGAUAUGGUUUAUCUACCGUCAUUGGAAAUGUGUCGCAUAACACUCGAACCGUGCCGUAUCCUGUACAACACGACCUUUUUUCCGGAGUUUUUGAAAUGCAACGAUACACUGUUCCCGUCGAAGUGCAACAAUGAUGUGAGGGAAAUGAAAUUUAAUGCAACCGGAAAUUGUCUACUACCGCUGGUGCCAACUGAUUCAGCGACCAGUUAUUAUAAAGAUAUCGAAGGAUGUGGCAUUCAAUGUAAGGAUCCACUGUAUACGGACGAUGAACAUCGACAGAUAAACAAACUGAAUGCAUGGGGAGCCUCACUCUGUUUCAUGUGCAAUCUCUUUGCCAUCGUAACAUUCUUGAUCGACUGGCAGAAUGCCAAUAAGUAUCCAGCACUGAUAAUUUUCUACAUCAACGUUUGCUUCCUGAUCAAUUGUUUGGGAUGGCUAGCACAAUUUACACCAGGUAGUCGGGAGGACAUUGUCUGUCGCAAAGAUGGAACUCUAAGAUAUUCGGAGCCGAGUGCUGGCGAAAAUUUGUCUUGCAUCGUGGUGUUCGUUUUAGUUUUUUACUCGCAAAUUGCGGUGAUGGUAUGGUUCAUAAUAUUCGCGUACUCGUUUCAUUUGAGAGCGGUUGGAAACGCUCAAGAUAGAAUCGAUAAAAAGGGAAGCUAUUUUCAUCUGGUGGCGUGGUCCUUUCCCUUGGUUUUAACCAUCACCAUAAUGGCACUAAGCGAAGUCGAUGGCAAUAGCAUCGUCGGAAUAUGUUUCGUUGGAUACGUGAAUCAUCCAAUCCGAGCCGGAUUCAUGCUCGGACCGCUGUGUGGUGUCUUGUUGGUCGGAGGUUUCUUCAUCAUCCGAGGCAUGGUCAUUCUGUUCGACUUGAAGAAAUUUUCCACUAGCAUCAAGUCUCCGACCGCCAGCAAUAAGAUUCACGUUACAAUCGUUCGCAUUGGAUUGACCACAAUGUUUGCGUUCGUGUUCAUUUUGGUGGCGAUCAUUUGCCAGGCUUACGAAUUUCGAAACUCGCAUCUGUGGACCGAAGGCUUGAGGGAAUUGAUUAUUUGUAAAAUUCUGUCCACUUACACCGACGUUCAUUCGGCCUGUAAACUGGAAAAUCGACCGAGUGUGGCCAUUUUACAGUUGCAGCUGCUCUGCCUGUUUGGGUCAGGAAUCGUUAUGUCUUCCUUAUGUUGGACUACCUCAUCUAUCGAUACUUGGAAGAGAUACAUCAAAAAAAAACUCGGCUAUGAGCAAGGUAACGAGGAGAUGAAAAUCCGAAAGCACAAAGUUAUAGCCCAAGCAUAUGAGAAACGUAAGGAAUUCCAAGACAAAGGCCGUCUAUCGAUAUCGUUCUACAAGAGCCACACAGAUCCGGUUGGUUUAAAUUUCAACGUAAACGACUUAAAUUCUACUGCCACCAAUGACAUCAGCACAACGUGGACCAAUUAUUUGCCUGGCUUAUUGAGACGCCGAUAUGCGCUGACUGGAGCUAACAAUAAUUCGUCCAGUUGUGCAUCGCGCAAAAGCUCAUUGGACUCGGAGAUUAGUGUCAGUGUUCGUCACUAUUCAGUUGAAUCUCGACGGAAUUCCGUUGACUCACAAGUAUCCGUGAAAAUUGCCGAGGUACAGACAAAGGUUGCUCGUCGAACGCAUCAUGGAACAGUUAAAAGUAAAACGCGGGGUCGACGACGAGAUUUCAAUGCGACAAAUAAGCAACGCUUCCGCAGGGAGAGCAGCACGUCGGUCGAAAGUCAAAUUAUUACGGCAAUGCAGAAGACCAGCUAUCCGUCAAAUUGUUUCUUCACAUCGAAAGAUAAGAGUUUAAAGCGACGUAAUGCUGGUGUUGUUAACGCCAAUGACAUUACCCAUAUUCUCAAGACCGUAUUGCAGAAUCAGAACAUGGGUACGACUACCGAUGACGAUAAUCAGUCGAGAACGUCUGUUAAAAUUCAGGACUCUCGUUUGGAUUUCGUUAUGCGACAGGACAUGCGAGUAAGUGACGAUGAAUUCGGUGGUGAGGCUCGCAGUGAUGAUGAGCCCGAACGAAGGGCGUAUCCAUAUCCAAGUCUACAAGAGGUUCUGAAUGCAACGAAUAAUAUCAAUUCGACCAACAACUCGCUCAAGAGCAGCAAAGAACGACCGGACGUUGAUCGAAACAGUAAGAACAGUUUGAGAAGCAUAAGAAGCAGAAAAUCAUCACGACCAAACUCGAGACGACUGCGAAAAAGCUCGAAGAAUGUCACAAAAUUGACAACAAAAAGGGAUGCAGCCGGUCAAUUUUCCGGCAUAGAUGAUUCGUCGUUUGCAUCGUAUUCAUCCGGUUUGGAAAUUCCGGCCGGUGUGCAGAGUUCGUAUUCGGGAGUAUCUAUGGGAAAAACGCAUUCCCGCAACAGCAAAACCAGCUGUGACGUCGGCACCCAGGCGAAUUCUUAUGAAAUCGAAACGCAAACUCAGCUAACCGAUGAAUAUGACACAGCGAUCCGAAAAAUGGACCGAGAUGUGAAAGACGAUGAUGAAUUUACCGAAAAUCAUCAGCUAUUGACACCAAACAAACGGAAAGAGUCGACGAUGACCUCGAGGCGAGACACGCUGACUAUGAGCGAAACUGAUAAACUUAAGAUGUUGCUACUGCCAUCCAAAUAGAUGGAAUGUAAACCAACAUUUUCUGACUGACUGGAGUGAGCGCGAUGUGGAAGCUUUACUUCGAAUCGGGCAGACUGUUUUUAUAAACUCUAAUGGAGUUACAUUGUGUAGUUUGAUUGUGUAUACGUACGAAAACCGAUCAUCAUUAAUGUUAGGGAGAGACAAUUUGUC